UUCUACUUCCACCUUCUAUUCUAUCCCCCCUUAUUCCCCGUGCUAUUCCGAUUUUAUUCCCUCUAUUCCAACUCCCGGUCAAAAGCCAGCCAGAGCCAGCCUUCUCAAUUUUAGAACUUUAUUGGGCUCUUUACUAGGGGAGUUAGGAAUUAAAGACGAGUUAUAAAAAUAGUUUAUAAAAAUUGAAUCCUAGACCCCUUAAGAGGCUGUUUUCUAGGGAAGUUGGGAUUAGGAGAAGGUAGUGUUAAUCUCGUUAUUUUAAUAUUUGGGUGGUGAUAUCCGGCUCGGUAAGCAGACAAAAGGGCUUUUAGACGAAGGCAUCGGAGGAGACCCCUCCACCUUCCAAACGGCUAUAAUUGUAGGGAGUUUUGAGGAGGGAGAGAGAGAAUAAGAGAAGGUUAAGAGGCGAGAAGCGAAGGGAAAACAUAUAGAUUAGUAGGGGAUAGAGAGAGAAAGAGGGGGAGGGCGGAGAUCGACGCCGGGCGGGCUGAUCGGAGGACCUUGCGGGUUUCCGCCGAGAGGCCGCAUCGCUGGGUGGUCUGAUCCGGCGCCGGGAAUCGCCGCCGCAGGGAAGACGUGGCGGGAUUUGGAGGAGAAAGCCGCUCGAUUGAGAGGGAUUUGAAGGAAAAAAAAAGGAGGAAUCUUGGGAAAAGUUUGGAUUUUUAUUGGUCCACCAUGCCGGACGGAGGGUACUACAAUUCGAAGAAGACGGACGACAUCUGCGAGGAUGUCUGCGGCGAGCAGACUUCAAGAGCAGCUCUGAGCAUGUCAAGGCUCCGAUGUGCCCUUCGGGGCUUCGAUUUGAAGGCGUUGUUGCUUCUCCUUGUGGGUGUUCCAAUUCUUAUCUUCAUCAUCUAUGUACAUGGCCAGAAGAUCACCUACUUUCUGAGGCCCCUGUGGGAAUCUCCCCCUAAACCCUUCAAUACCAUCCCUCACUACUACCAUGAGAAUGUCUCUAUGGAGAACCUUUGCAAGCUCCAUGGAUGGGGAGUUCGGGAAACUCCAAGGCGUGUCUUUGAUGCAGUGCUGUUCAGCAAUGAACUUGAUAUCCUUGAAAUUCGAUGGCAUGAGCUGAGUCCAUAUGUUUCAGAGUUUAUUCUCCUGGAGUCCAAUUCUACAUUCACUGGUUUGAAGAAACCCCUCGUCUUCGCAAAGAACCGGCAUCAAUUUAAGUUUGCUGAGUCCAGGUUGACUUACGGCACCUUUGGAGGGAGAUUUGUGAAGGGGGAGAAUCCUUUCGUGGAGGAGUCUUACCAGCGAGUGGCGUUGGAUCAGCUUCUCAAGGUAGCAGGCAUCACUGAUGAUGACUUAUUGAUCAUGUCUGAUGUUGAUGAGAUCCCAAGUGGCCACACGAUCAACCUUCUGAGGUGGUGUGAUGAUAUUCCUGAGAAGCUCCAUCUCCAGCUCCGGAACUAUCUAUACUCAUUCGAGUUCUACCUUGAUGACAAGAGCUGGAGGGCUUCGGUUCACAGGUAUCGAGCUGGGAAGACCCGAUAUGCUCAUUUCCGCACGACAGAUGACCUAUUGGCUGAUUCAGGGUGGCACUGCAGCUUCUGCUUCCGCCACAUCAGUGAGUUUACAUUCAAAAUGAUGGCAUACAGCCAUGUGGAUCGCGUGAGAUCUCCCUAUUACCUAAAUCCAUCAAGGAUUCAGGAUGUUAUAUGCCGAGGAGCAGACCUAUUUGAUAUGCUUCCAGAGGAGUACACAUUCCAGGAAAUCAUUGCUAAGCUGGGACCGAUCCCGAGUUCGUAUUCUGCUGUCCAUCUUCCAGGGCACCUACUUCAGAAUGCUGACGAGUACAGAUAUCUCCUGCCAGGGAACUGCAAGCGUGAGCGUGGCUAAGUUUUGUUAGUGGCAUCAUAGGCUGCUUGCAAAUGCUACAGAGAAGGUCCACUUGGAAAAUUGAUCUGUGGCUUUAUAUUGGGGAUGAGUAUCUAACUUGGUUGGAUGAUUCUUCUGUGGAAAUGGGAAAGCAUGUGUGAGCUCUGUUCUUUUAUGUGCAAUAGAUUUUGAAGAUUUAAUAGUAUCAACACAUGCUUGCCUGCGGCCCAUUUAUUUGCCAAGGAGCUCAGUGGAUUUGUAACUACCAUGGGAGAUUAUUCAUCUCUUCUUCCCUUCUUGGUAUGUGAUAUCACACUGGUUAUUGUACAAUGCAAAUCGAGUGAGUUUUCAAAUGUUUACAUUCUGGGAAUUUGUUUUCUUCUAGAACUAAUUUAUUCAUGAAUUCUUCUUCCAGCCAGCCUCGAUGUUCUGUUGACUUUGAGAUUGUACCAUCUGAUUUACUAACUCUCCGUGUGGUAACAGUUCUGAUUAAAUUAUGGCAUUACUUUUUAGCAGU